AUUUAUAUGUCUAUCAUUAACACAAUCACUUAGAAAUAGAGCACAGAGAGAGAAUUAAUGGGAAGUGUUGCAGUAGAUUCCGCCGGAAUAUUCCCUGAAGGUGGUGAAGAUGGUUCGAAGAAUCUUGACGCCGGCGCCCUCUUUGUCCUUAAAUCUCGAGGUUCGUGGCUGCACUGCGGGUACCACCUAACGAUGGCUAUAGUUUCGCCGGUGCUGCUGAGCUUGCCGUUGGCGUUCACGUUGUUGGGUUGGAGCGGCGGCGUUCUUUGCCUCACCGCGGCGGGAUUGACCACUUUCUACUCCUACAACAUGCUCUCUAUUGUCUUGGAGCACUUUGCGCUACUUGGAAGGCGCCAUCUUCGGUUUAGGGACAUGGCCCACGAUAUUUUAGGCCCUGGGUGGGGCCGUUACUUUGUGGGCCCUCUUCAAUUGGGUAUGUGCUAUUUUGCUGUAAUUGCAUGUACACUUCUUGGUGGACAGAGCCUAAAGUAUAUUUAUUUACUAUCUUCACCAAAUGGAAGCAUGCAACUUCAUCAAUUCAUAGCCAUAUUUGGAGGGCUAACCCUAAUUAUGGGCCAAAUGCCAUCUUUUCAUUCUCUAAGGCACAUCAACCUUGUUUCCCUUUUUCUGUGUCUUGUUUAUUGUGCUUGUACCACAGCUGCUGCAGUUUAUAUAGGACAUUCAUACAAAGCACCUAAAACGGAUUACACGGUGACCGGGGAAGGCAUAAAUCGUGUUUUCGGUAUCUUCAACGCUAUCUCAAUCAUCUCCACAGCUUAUGGAAAUGGUAUUAUUCCAGAAAUACAGGCUACCAUUGCUCCACCAAUGGCUGGCAAAAUGUUCAAAGGAUUGUUGGUCUGUUAUUCUGUGGUGAUAUCAACUUUCUUCAGUGUAGCAAUUUCUGGAUAUUGGGCAUUUGGAAAUCAAUCUCAGCCGUCGAUUCUCUCAAAUUUCAUUGUUGAUGGAGUGCCCUUGCUGCCUAAAUGGGUUCUCUUCAUAAUCUAUGUCUCCACUCUUAUCCAAAUCUCAGCUGUCACUUUAGUGUACUUGCAACCAACGAAUGUUGUUAUAGACCGCAAGUUUGCCGAUCCCAAGAAGCCUGAAUUUUCGACGCGUAACAUAGUUCCACGGCUCGUUUUUAGGUCAUUAUCGGUCGUGAUUGCAGCCACGGUGGCUGCAAUGCUUCCUUUCUUUGGCGAUAUGAUGGCGUUGGCCGGUGCAUUUGCUUGCAUUCCUCUAGAUUUCAUUAUGCCUAUGGUUUUCUAUAACGUGACAUUCAAACCCUCGAGAAGGAGCUUCAUUUUUUGGGUGAACACCGCUAUCGCCGCCGUCUCCACCGUGUUGGUCGCCGUAGGGGCGGUUGCAUCCAUCCGCCAAAUAAUUUUGGAUGCCAAAACUUAUAAAUUGUUUGCCAACAUGUAAUGCACUAGAAAUUGUUUCUUUUUUAUGUUACUUUGUUUAUAACAUGAAUUAAAAAAAAGUGUGUUUGUAAUCAUAUUUAUUGUAUAUCUUAAAAAUAGAAUUUAUGCUUA